GACUUUAUUGCGCAUGCGCCGUCUCGACCCAUGGCACGCGCCGAGCACUGGCAGCAGGACGCACAAAGGGAAAGUGUACAGGAUUCUAAACGUGCCACUUCUCAGAAACUAGCACAGUCAGUCAUAAAUCCAACCCACCUCCGUUUUUUUUUUUUCAUGUUAAACAAUAUUGGAAGAGAGUUAUUUACGCUGUGCUCCCAUUCCUGCAGUCUUUGUAGCUUCAGGAAAGCCUGACGACGAGCAAGAGGAGUGAGUCUUCAGCUAUGGUGGCAACAUCGUCAACCUGUUGACGCUCCCGUCGAUUUUGAAGAACCGUCGGUUAAGAACUUUUGAGGGUCGUAACGCUGCUACCGCUUCACCACCUGUCUUGAUGUGGAGAGGUUCUCCCAGCUGGGCACGGACAUCGAUUGCCUUUGACAUACAGCUGAGGUCCGGAGACGUGACACGGAAAGCAUGAUCGAGAUGGAAAAGAGGAAGAAGAGCAGGAAACGUCUUCCACGUACCCGAAGCGAGACCCCCCCCCCCCUUCCUGCCGCACAUUGAACCAUUGGAUAUGUGAACAUGUGUUUGAUGCUGCACAAACAACAUGAAGAUGCCACAUUUUUUGGAGUCCCUCACAACACAAACUCUCAUCCCCAAAACCUUCUCGUCAGAUGUCUUCAACACAAGCGUCCCGUCCACCGAUCCAAACACAGCUGUUGCUCUGCUGGCAGUCGUCGGUAAUGUCAGCCAACAAGGACUCCUGCGCUGCACCUACAAGGAGGACUUCAAACGGAUCCUCCUCCCGGCUGUCUACACCUUAGUCUUCCUGCUUGGCAUCCCACUUAACGGUGCUGUCAUACUGAAGAUAUGGAGGAGGCGGCCCAGUCUGUCCCGCAGCAACAUCUUCAUGCUCAACUUGGCCAUAGCUGACUUCCUGUAUGUGACGUCACUUCCCCUGCUCAUUUACAACUACGGCAGUCAUGACUACUGGCCCUUUGGGGAGUUUGCAUGCAAACUGGUCCGAUUUCAGUUCUACAGUAACCUCCAUGGCAGUAUCCUCUUCCUCACCUGCAUCAGUGUGCACCGCUACAUUGGGAUCUGUCAUCCUCUGGCGAUGUGGCACAAGCAAGGCGGCCCCAGGCUGGCGUGGCUCAUUUGCGGAGGGGUGUGGCUGGUGGUGGCCCUCCUCUGUGCGCCCACGUUUCACUUUGCCUCCAUGGGGAUCCAGCGAAACCGCACCGUCUGUUACGAUUUAAGUACACCAAAGCAGUCUGUGCACUACUACCCGUACGGCAUGGCCCUCACCUGCCUCGGCUUCCUCAUCCCUUUCACGGGUGUGAUGAUGUGCUACUGCAAAAUGGCCCGCAUUUUGUGCGUCCCCGUGUCCUACCAAGGCGUCAACAUCCAGACGAGGGACAAACGCGACAGGGCUGUGAAAAUGAUCAUUGUGGUGGCAGCCGCGUUCUGCAUCAGCUUCCUACCUUUUCACCUCACCAAGACCUCGUACCUGGUGGUGCGCACGCUGCCUAGUGUGUCCUGCAAGACCAGAAACCUCUUUUCUAUCAUCUAUAAGAGCACCAGACCGUUUGCCAGUAUGAAUAGCUUUCUGGAUCCCAUUCUCUUCUACUUCACUCAGCCACGGUACAGACAGAGCACCAAAAGGUUCGUUCUCAGAGUCACUACCUUCAGGGAUAAGGACCGCUCUGCAUGACUCAACAUGGCCGCCAACUUUUUUUCCCAUAUACAGUAUAGUGAGAAAGGCUUUGGAAAAAAUUAAGAGACCACUGAAAAAUGAUCAGUUUCUCCAAUUUUGUUAUUUCAAGGUACGCAUACUGUAUUGUUUGAGUAAAAAUGAUUUCAAAUACAAAUAUUGUCAUUUCAUCAAUGAAAAAUACCAAAAAAGGUAUAAUUUUAUUAUUUUGGUCUCUUAAUUUUGUGUGUGUGUGUAUAUAUAUAUAUAUAUAUAUAUGUGUGUGUGUGUGUGUGUGUGUGUGUGUAUAUAUAUAUAUGUGUCUGUGUGUGUAUGUAUAUAUAUGUGUGUGUGUAUGUAUAUAUAUGUGUG